ACACUAAAGGUGUGUUUAACUUUUAAUUACCCCUUUUUCCAAAGGAAUUUUUGGGGAAAUCAUCAUUUUUUAAAACCGGCUUAACCUUAGAAAAUAAACUUUUAAACACAAAAAUUAAAGUAAAAAAAUAAGUGGUUGCAAAAGAAAUGACUCUAAUGGUGGAUGGAGAGUCUUUUCUGAUCAAGGUAUCAGAGGAGGAGUGUCGUAUGGAUCCGGACUGGUGGCUGGCCAGUGAACGGAAGAGCUCCGAUGCGAGGUUGGACGUGUCCGACAUGGAGUGUGAUAAUUCCGAUGACCGUUACAAUGAAGGUGACGAUAGAGCAAUUAUGGCCGAAGAUUGUGCAGAAAUGGAAGUAGAAUCAAAUCUGAGUUUAAAACAUAAUUUUGUUCAAAAUUUUGAAUUAAAUGGGCUAGAGAUGGAUGGGCUGGGUAAUGUGGGCUCGUUUGGGCCAAGGGUUUGUGAGGCUGAGGAACUGGAUGUAGAAAAUGGGUCUUGUGAGGGGCUUAGGCCUGUUGGAGUGCAACAGAAAGGAGCUGCUUUGUCGACUAAAAAAUGUAAAACAUUGGGGGACAUUUAUGCUAGGGAUGGGGUAGCGAAGGAAACAAGGGAGUUGGGGCUGCAGUGGGUGACGGCAAGAACCAGAUGUAGGAAGGAAAGAAGGGAAACAGCAAGACAAUCGGAGCAAGGGACGGAAUCACGGAAAACUGAUCUACCUUUGUUAGAUGGCUGUAUUCAAAAUCGCAACAAGCUGAUCCGGAAGCAACUGGAGUUGGAUGAGGACGAGAUGAAGCCAAUUUUAAAAGGACCUGAAACUCGGGUGGUGUGGAGUUUUGCUGAAACGUAUGGGAGCAGCUUCAUUGGGGUUUCUGGUGAAUGGAGUAAGGAGAAGAUAAAAUGUAAUGUAAUUAAUGUGUACGCUCCUUGUGAUAGGCAAAGGAAGGUUUUGUUGUGGGAGGAGAUUGCUGGACAAGUUUUAGAAGAGGGCGGGUGUUGGCUGUUAGCAAGUGACUUUAAUGCUAUCCGGAAUGUAUCAGAACGAAAGGGUAAAAUGAGGGAGACACAGAAUAUGCAAGAUUUUAAUCACUUUGUGGAAAGCACAGGCAAGGAAUGCAGAUUGGGGUCCAAAGCCUUUUCGGGUAAUGGAUGCAUGGCAGCAACACCUAGAUUUCAGAAGUUUGUAGAGGAUAAGUGGACAGCUUUGCAAGUUGAAGGAUGGGCGGCUUAUAAAUGCAAGCAGAAGUUGAAGUUAAUGAAGGAUGAAUGUAAAAGGUGGAAUAAGGAAGUUUUCAGUAAUGUGGAGACUCGAUGGGGGAUAUUAUCAAAGGAAAUUAAAGCGCUGGAUAUAAAAAGUGAAGAGAUUGAAUUAGAUGAGAAUGAGGUGUUACUCCAAAAGGAGUGUUUUCAGGAGAGGUGGGAAAUUUUGAGGAAAAGAGAGGCUAUGUGGAAGCAGAAGGCAAGAAACAAUUGGAUUCGUCUUGGAGAUGCAAAUACUGCUUUUUUCCAUAGGUGUGUUCAUGCACGGAGAGCACAAAAUGCAAUUUCAAGGAUCUUAGGAGAGGCUGGGUGGGUUGAGGAGCCAACAAGGGUGAAAGAGGAGGCAGUGAGGUAUUUUAGUCAGUUGUUUCAUAAUGAACAGUGGAAUCGGCCAGUGUUGGGAGGAGUUCAUUUCAACAGAAUAUCAGUUGCACAAAAGGAGUGGCUGGAAAUCCCUUUUUCAAUAGAGGAGAUUGAAGAGGGUCUAUAGAGCUAUGAUGGGGCGAAGGCGCCAAGACUAGAUGGGUACAAUUUUAAUUUUAUAAAAUUUGCCUGGAGCACUUUAAAAGAGGAUGUUGUGAAGUUUUUGUUGGAAUUUCACCAACAUGGGAGGUUAGUAAAAGGUUUAAAUUCCU